UACAAUUUGCAAAAAGAAAAAAAUUUAAGUAAAAUUUAGACAAUAACAAAAAAAAAACAAACAAAAAUGUGGUUGAAAUUUAUUCUAGGAUUAAUUCUGGCAUAUCUGUACUUCUUUGUGUUUCAAGGCAAACAAGUUCCAUCUGUAAAAGAGAAAGAAAAAACUUGUUCAAAAGUCGCUACCAAAGGUAUUUCCAAAUGGUUAAUUCCUCCCAAUGUGGAGGUUUUGCAGCCACCCUCAAUGUCUACACUGCAUGUCUACGAAGAGGCUGCUGUAUGCUCGGAUAAAAGUGUCUGCAGUAACAUUGGCAAAAUUCUUAUGCAAAAUGGUGGCAAUGCCAUGGAUGGUGCUCUGGGAACUCUACUCUGCAAUGGUCUGGUUACCAUGCAGAGUAUGGGUAUAGGAGGUGGUGUAAUAAUGACCUACUAUGAUAAACUCAAGAAACAAGCCUACAGCAUAUUGGGCAGAGAAAGGGCACCCCUGCAAGUCAACGAACAACUUCUCAAAGACUUGAAGACUUCCGAUAUGUUGGCAAAGUCUCCAUUGGCCAUUGCAAUACCGGGAGAAAUCGCUGCUUACUAUGAAGCCCAUGCCAGAUUUGGCUCACUGCCUUGGCAAUAUAUUUUACAGCCCACAGUGGAUUUAUGUGACGAAGGCUAUGAACUGACCCGUCAUCAACGUGAUGCCUUGUUUCUCAACGAGCAGAGAAUACGCCAAGAUUCUUUGCUAAGCAAAAUGUUUAUUAAUCCGUCCAAUCAACAAUUCCUGCGUGAGGGAAGUCAUAUUGUAAUACCCAAUCAGUUAUGUGAUACCUAUAGAAUGCUAUUGAGCGAAGGUCCUGCCACAUUUUACAAUGGCUCCUUGGCUUCGCUGAUUGUUGAGGAUCUAAAGGAAAUGGGUUCUGCCAUUACCUUAAGUGAUUUAAAUGAAUAUCGUGUUGAUAUUCGAGAUUCGUUAAAAGUUGAUUUUGAUGCGUUUUAUCUGCAUGUGCCCCCUCCACCAGGCAGUGGUCAUGUGUUGGCUUUUAUUAUGCAUAUGCUGGAAAAUUUUAGAGAGACAUUUGUAAGGCUGCAAGAUUUUCAAGCGCUGGAUGUUCAUAGAAUCGUGGAAGCUUUCAAAUUUGGAUUUGUCAAACGUUGGGAAUAUGACACAGAAAUUGACGAGGAGACUUUGUUGCAACUUUUAUCACCCGAGUAUGCCAAAAAUAUAUCGCAUUUGAUAGACGAUCAAAAAUCCUACGAUGAGCUUGCAUAUUAUGGAGCUAAAGAGAAUAUGCUUAGCACACCAGACUAUGGUACGGCACAAAUUUCGGUGUUGGGCCCUAAUGGAGAUGCUGUAUCAGCCACAAGUUCCAUAAACUACUACUUCGGUAGUGGUCGCAUGGGCUCUCGCACUGGCAUACUCUUCAACAAUGCCAUGUCUGACUUCACCAUUGAGGGCAUACAGAAUUAUUUCAAUUUGCCAAAUUUUCACAACCGCAACUAUGUGGAGGCACAUCGUCAACCUAUGUCGUCGAUGGUGCCGCUGAUAGUGACCCAUAAACAAAGCGGAGAAACACGUUUGGUUACUGGGGCUGCAGGUGGAACACGCAUUAUAUCCACUCUGGUGCAGAUAUUGAUACGCACUCUGUGGAUGAAUAAAAAUAUUAAACAAGCCAUUGACUAUGCCCGUUUUCAUCAUCAAUUGUUGCCCAAUGUGUUGGAAUAUGAAUUUGGUGUGUUGCAGGAAGUGGUGGAAGAUUUGGAGUCUCGUGGUCAUGCCACAGAGAGAGUACGUCAUAAAAACACUGCCGUUUGUGGUGUGGAAAUGGUGAUGGGAGCCAUCUUGGCUAAUGUCGACUAUCGCAAGGAGGGUGGUGUGGAUGGUUUUUAGGAGAUUAUUUUUCCUUGUUUGCUUUGUUGCGGCAGCAUACAAUUCCAUCAGCUUUGCCAUCAACAUUAUCGAAAAGUGGCAAACUUCACCGGUCAUAAUCAUCAUGAACCCCCAAGCCACUUUUGUGACCAACGAACCAUUUCCAUCGGUUACCAUUUGUAAUAUGAAUCAGGCGAGUAGGAAAAAAGUUGGAGGCUU